GAGCUGUCAAAGCGGGUGAGAGAGAAUGGAAUAUUUAAAGAAAGACUUCGUGAGUGUGAAUCCACCCUGCAGUCUGUAGGAUUUUUUGUGUGUGUAUUUGUGUGAAGGAUCUGGUGUGCACUCGUAUCAGCCGUGUUGUAACAGGAAAGCCAAUAGUGCAUUAAUACCGUGUACAGACAUCCUGCCUCUUCUCUUCUUCCCAACCGGACCAGCAGAAAGAGAGAGAGAGAGAGAGAGAGAGAGGGGAGACGGGUCUUCAUCAAAUGAAGAGGAGACGAGGACUGCACACGGAACUGAAGUGCACUUAUCACAAGGUCAAGCUUUAUUAAUAACCAUGAGGAAGUGCAGCCCUUGGACGUUUCUGCCUAUUAUGUUGUCUUUCUUCACAGCCGCAGGCUUAUGGGUUGUCUAUUUUAUAGCAGUGGAGGAUGACAAAAUCACACCACUAAAUUCUGAAUAUAAGAGAGCAUUUUCAAAGUCUCCUCCAUAUAUAAGCAUCGCAGGUGAUGCUCCUCCUGCCAGCUGUGUUUUUAGCCAAGUCAUGAACAUGGCAGCUUUUGUGGGCUUCAUCCUCGGAGUCCUCAGAUACUUGCAGUUGAAGCCAAGACUAUGCAAACCCUGGCUUAAUAUCAUCAGUUUGGUAGCUCUGUCCCUGGCCUGCUUCGGUAUGACGUUGGUUGGGAAUUUCCAGUUGUCAAAUGAUGAGGAGCUCCACAAUAUUGGCACAUCCAUGACCUUUGGCCUAGGUACACUCUUUUGUUGGAUCCAGUCAUUCAUGACUCUAAAGGUCAACUUGAGGAACGAAGGCAGACGAGCUGGCAUACCCCGCUUCCUCUUGUCCGGGGCAGUCACUUUGUGCAUGGUGCUUUACUUUGCUCUAAUGGCCCAGCGUCUGCACAUGCACGCCGCUCGGGCACAGUGGGCACUGGUCAUGUUCUUCUUGACGUUCCUGGGGUCAUUCGCUAUCGAGUUCCGUCACUACCACUUCGAGAUCGUGUGCAGCGAUGACCAGGAGCCUCCAAUGAGCCUGUCAGAGACCUUCUCUGAGGUCUCAGAGUACCAAUCAGACCAGCUAUAAGACUCUCCGGGUUCUGUUUCUUCAGCAGAAUUACCGCAACCUCCAUCAUUUAUUACCCUCAAUAAUAAUGCAUGUUUAUAAUAACGAAGUAUGUUUCUUUUCUCGCAGGUAUAAUACAAAAAAUAUGAGAAGCACAAACAGACAUCAUGUCUGAAUUAAAGCAAGUUUUUUGUAUCGCAGGUGCCACAAAGUGUUUUACAUGGAAGAUGUGUGUGUAUAGAUAGUAAAGGUACAUAUUAGAUUUGUGACUAGACAUCAUUUGUAGCACUUGAGAAAGACACCUAAUCAUCUACAAGAGAAUAAGCAUAAAUUUAAAAAGUAGGUCAACGUCUGAAGUUUAGUUUUAAAUAUAAACACUAGUUCUUUGCACAUUUUAUGCACAUUUUUUAUCAAGAUCAAAAUAAAAAAAACUAAAAGUGUGGUGUAU